GAAUUCCACCACUCUGGCAACCCAGAUCCUUAACUAGCUUCAUAAUUGAAGAGGAGUGACUAUGGUGAGCAACAAGUGCAACAUUAGCGUAAAAAACUAUUUUCGAAGCAAAAAUAAAAAGAAAGGGCUGCAAGAUCCAACAAAUGACUUCAGCAUCAUUCCAUCAUGGAACAAAGAGUUUGUGUACCUGAUUGGUCUGGAAGAGGUGGUCCAGUUUCGCUUAGAGUGGCUGGACAAGACUGUAUACACUGCGCCUAACAAACAUAGAACCAGGGGGAGACCAAAGAAGUUUUCUAUACCUGCUGUUGUGCCAGCAACUCUUCCCAAAGAUCCAUUCACCUGUGCGAAGUGCAACACUGAUGUCUCUUGUUCAUGGAAACCAGACGUGAACAGUUCCAUCCUGUGUCACGCUUGUGUUAAGUGCAGUUGGAGGAAAGAUCACUGGCUCUCUAGUGGACCAACAGAGACCAUUAUCAAAUCAAUUUCUGACAACUCUUCCAGUCUCAGUAAACCUGUGUGGAAUGAGCCCCGGUCUAUGAAAGAAGCUGUCUUCCCUUUGCAACAUUCCUCUCAUUCAGUCCCACAAGAGUGUGAUCAGCAGGUCCCCAAGAACUCCUUAUCUUCCUCUUCCAAUUUUCACCCUGAUUCACCUUUCUGUUGCUCCUCCCCUCUUUCCUCAGAUCUUUCCUCCCCACCUGGAUUUUACUCUGAUACAUCUUCCCAGUGGUCCUCCUCCUUUUCCUCAGAUGACUACCCAUGCCUUUAUCAUUCCUCAUCCUCCCCUGGUUCUUCUCUUUGCGAUGGCUCUUCACCUUCGUAUCUCCCUUCUUACUCAGAUCUUAACUCUUCUUCUUCAUCCAUGUCCCCAUCACCAUCUGGUUCUCCACCAAAAAAUUCAAGUAAGUGGGUCUCGCAGAAGGGUAAAACGCCUUACUGGAUGGAGUUUCCACUUACCAAGGCUUUACUUAUAGAUGACAAGGCUGAGCAAGAAACGAAGAAAGAGAAGGAAGAACAGUUGACAAGGAGCAAGUCACAAUGCAAAGAAGAGAAGACUGGGAAGAUGGCCGCCUUAAGUGUACCUUCAUCAUCAUCGAAUCAGCGGAUCCUGCCAAAGACUCAACCUGCGCUCCCUGACUCGGUUCCAUCAUCAUCACCAUUGCUCAGUGUUAGUAAACACCAAUUUCAGACUCAGAUAUUAACAUCAGAUCUGCAGAAGACAACAAGUGCAGAAAAAAACAAACUGACCAUGGAAGAAGGGUUGAAGCCUGGUGAUGGCAGUUUACAAAAGAUAACUCCUAAUAUGUCAUGUGGUUACAUUUCCUCAAAAAAAUCAGGAUCUUCUACCUACACCUUGGAUUCUGAGAAGUCCAAGUCCACAAUCCGCUAUCUUCCCACAACUUGGUCAGCUGUCUCAGGCAGCGUAAGACAGCAAGAUUCGAGGUCGAUUCCAAGAUGCUUUGAUGAUAAUAAAAAAGAGUCCAUCAUGAAGAACGGAAAGUUUGGUACUAAGGUGCAACAUCAGGUGUCCCAUGCUCACCCCACUUCAUCUCGGAUCAGUUCAGCUCCUACACACGCGUCCUUCUUAUCCCAAACUGCGUUGUCCUCCAACCAGGCAAAGGCCAUCCCUCAGAAUAAGGCGAAAUGGGUAGCAGCUCCAAAUCAGAAGAUUGAUAAAUGGAUUCAGAAGCCAGAAUCCUCCAUGGGGUCUCAUGGCAGCUAUUCAUCCUGGUCUUCUGCUUCUUCUUCUUCUUCAUUUGAUCAACUGAGAAAGUGAACCAGCAGGUUCUGGUGUCACCGAAGAUGAAAAUUUUCAUUACAAAGUUCAGGUCAACUCGUAACGGGAAGCCUUGCGACCCCAAGUGAGAGAAGGAUGCAGUUAGGUUUCUUUAGCUUCCUGACCCUCUAUCCUACCUUACCUUAGCCAUUUCUUUGUUUUGCUGCCCCUUGAGCUCUCUUACAGAAAUGCUGUCAAGUUCUAUGCACUACAGGGUUCCAAUUUGCUCUUUAAACACUCUGUUACUUUGCAUCUUUCCAAGAUGUUAUAGAGCAAGGAGUGUCCACUCUUAUCCGCAAAUGGGCGGUGUGGCUGCAGGUUUUCUUUCCAAACAAUCAAGAGCCACACCAAGUGCAGAACCUGCAGAACCUCCGCUGUGGCUUGUGGGUUGUUUGGAAUGAAAACCUGCAGCCACACCAGAGGUUCUGCAGGUUCUGUACCAGGUUUGUUUCAUGAUUGGUUUAGAACGCAAACCUGCAUCCACACUGGUUCUUUUUGCGGCUAAGAUUGGACACUCCGUGCUUAGAAGAUCAAUGUCUUCCUUCCAGGGUUGAUUUGAAGUCCCUCUAUUUGGAGAAGACAGGUUCAUGAACAUGUUUCAUAAGUUUCAGAUUAUAAGUGUAUUUUUUUUUGUUCCUCUAUUUGUACUCAAAAGUUUUUGUUGCAGUUUAUUUAUUGUUAGAAAUUAUUUAAUAGAAGGCAAACCUUUGCCUUGAAAAAAAUGGUUUGGUUAAAAAAUACAAGAAUUACAUUUUGUGACGUUUGGUUUAUACAUCUUCCGGUGAUUAUAGUACUGAGAACAAAGUAACUUAAUUGAUUGAAUAUUUGUUGUGGCAUACAAGAAGUCAGUGUGUCAUAACUUAUAUCAGUUUCAGUCAGUAAAUCAAAAUAAAGCGUUCUUGUUUGUCGGAAGAAUAAAAAGCAGCGUGCUACAAAAUGCAAAGAGGCUAAUGUUUUGAUUCAUUCUGUGGUUGUGAGUUGAGAUCGGCGUUCCUAUAAUAUAUAAUGUGACAAGACACUUGACAAUUGUGACUGCUGUUUCUAAAACCACCAAUAGGAGGACGGUAUAGGAUUACGCAAAACUCGCAAGAUAACUACAAAUAUGGUAUGGUGAAAUGGCGAAAUGUAAACAAAACAUACUAACAGACAGGAUAAAAAGUAUCUGUAUUACUGCAAACUCACUUUGAAAAAUGUUUCUGUUUACACGACCGCUUUAUAUGCACAAAAGAUGAUAUAAGCAGAACGUAGUCUUUAAUCGUAGGUCUAUCGUUAGAGGAUCUUCAUCGUAUAAUCUGACAUGGAGAACGUUAUCAGACGAUCUGUUAGAAUUCGUCUAAGGUUUUAUUAGGAUCUUGUACAACGUAACGAGUAAUUAUCUUAAAAGACUGGCUUAGGUUUACAACGUAGGAUGCUGAUUAAUAUUCCUUACCUUAUAUUUAAUGCUAAUUCUUAGCUAAUUAGUUUGCGGAUUUUAGAUUUGAGCAUGUUUAUAUUGGGUAUGUUUAUCAUUAUGUAUUUUUUGGUAGCUGAAGUUAGUUUGAGAGCGUGUCUCUGAGGCGAGCUCUUCAUGUUACCUGAUCAAUUUAUGGUGAACAUUGUGUUUACAAAAUGUUAAAUGCAUACUAUGAUUUGAUUUUAUGUAAUAUUCACUUACAUUUCAUUUAAUUCUCAUUCUGAUAAUUGAUGUUCUAGAUUUAAAUGUAUACAUUAUAUAUUUCCCAAACGUACCACAGCUUUACAUGAAU